CUGGCGUCGGAAAGGAAUUGCAAACUUCCGAAUUUUCACUCGAGCACAUAGCUGAUCAAAGUUCUAAGAAAUGUGUGAUCUCCACAUUGAUCGCACGCUCGCGGGGGCUCGGUAUCACGAGGUCGAGAGUGAACGGGAUCUCUGUAUCUUUGAUCUCUUCGCCAAGUCAUACGCUAUGCCAGUCAAUCACGCACUUGAAUACUUUUCUCUAGGUCCAUUUGAACUCCCGCGCAUCUGGACGGGUUUGUGGCAGCUGUCCAGCAACGCAUGGGGGAGUGCACCUGCCUCGAAGGUUCGUUCGGAGAUGGCGCGGUAUGCUGAGCAGGGAUACACAGCUUUUGCUGAUCAUUACGGAAGUUCUGAAAUUCUCUUCGGCCAGUUUCGUGACAGCAUGCCAUCUCCAAGCUCCAUCUUCGGCGCGACGAAAUGGUGUGUUUUUAGGCCGCUGGAUCCAACCCCUGCGAAGGUCAGGGGUGCAAUUCAAGAACGGAUGAAUCGUAUGCAAACACGUCGGAUUGAUCUUUUGCAGUUCCAUUGGCAAGAUUACGAUGACAAACGUUACCUUGAUGCCCUAGAGAUCCUGAAACAGCUUCGCGACGAAGGUGCCAUUAGUACUAUUGGUCUAUGCAAUUUCGACGCCAUCAGAAUGGACGAAAUUUGCACGGAACUUGGACCCAAUGCAAUCGUUUCCAACCAAGUGCAGUUUUCUAUUAUUGAUACUCGACCCCUGCACGGCAUGAACCAUGUAUGUGAAAAGCAUGGUGUGAAACUUCUCACGUAUGGAACCCUGUGUGGCGGAUUCCUUGCGGAUCGCUGGCUCAACCAACAGGAACCCGACUUGUAUUCAAGUAACUUGACACCUUCCCAGCGAAAGUAUCUUGAUGUUAUCAAGAACGCCUGGGGCAGUUGGGCACUCUUUCAGUCGCUUUUGGCCGUUCUAAGGUCCAUCGGUGACCGUCACGGCGGACUCAGUAUCACAAACAUUGCCACACGAUGGGUUCUUGACCAUCCGUUCGUGGGCGCCGUGAUAGUUGGUGCUCGUUUAGGGUUGUCCGACCACGCGGAGGAUAAUCUGAAAGUUUUCGGAUUCAAGCUUACCGAGCAAGACCAUUCGGACAUUGAAGAUAUACUGAAAAGGUCCAACAGCUACAAGAUGAUCAUCACUGUCGGAGAUUGUGGCAUGGAGUAUCGUUGACAGUUUUUAGCGGACGCCGAUGGCCUAUACAUCAUCCACUGGAGUAUUCGAAGUUCUGUCAUGAUGGAAUGAUACCUCUUCUUUACUCCCCAUAACAGCACGCGU